UCAAGCGAUAGAUCGAGUAGCAGUUAUCAAAGCACCCUCAGACCAGAAAUUCUGGGAUAUAUUUUUAAAAUUUUGAUGUCUACCAUGCAGGUGCACUGUUGAAAACCGGCCCAAUACAAGAGAACGAGUGAGCAAGGACUGGGACGCAAUGGAGAUGCAACUGGGAGCGAUGCUGCAUGUCUACAAGGGGGAGUACGGCCUGCCGUCCAUUGAUUUUGAAUGUUUACGUGCGCUGUGCCUCCUGCGAUUCACCCGCUGCCCGAUGGACGUGCAGACCAGCUCCAAUCCGCUGCGCUCGGGAGCCGGGAAGCUGCCCUAUCUGCAGAUCGGCAACGAGAAGUUCGCGGGCUACAGGCAAAUCAAGCGCGUGCUGGAUCUCGAGGGUUACCCGAUUGAUGCGCAUUUAAGCACCAAACAAAAGCAUUUGUCCAGCGCCUACGCCAACUGGGUGUUCACCAAUCUGCACGCCUACUACCACUACUUCCUCUACGGAGAGCCCCACAACUUCGACACGACCACGCGGGGUCUCUACGCCAAGCGCACGCCAUUCCCCUUCAACUUCUACUACCCGUCGUCCUACCAGCGGGAAGCCUGCGACGUCGUCCAGGUGAUGGCCGGCUUCGAUGUGAACGACAAGAUGGACAAGCACGAGGGCGACUACCUCGUUGUCAAUGCCAAAAAGGUGGUGAAUCUGCUAUCCCGGAAGUUGGGUCGCAAGGUCUGGUUCUUUGGCGACACUUACAGCGAGUUCGAUGCCAUUGUUUACAGCUACCUGGCCAUCAUCUUCAAAAUCGCACUGCCCAACAAUCCACUGCAGAAUCACAUUAAAGGCUGCCAGAACCUGGUGAACUUCAUCAAUCGCAUCACCAAGGACAUAUUCCGCAACGAGGGCUACAGUUCCGUCAAGCUCACAAAGACUCCCAGCGGCACGGAGGCGAGUCUGACGGCCUCGGAGCGCAAAUUCAUGGAUUCCGAGCUGAACACCAAGAUCGUGGCGGGCGUGGGAGCAGUGCUGGCCAUGGGAGCCUUUGCGGCAUGGCGCGGCAUUUACAACCAGUUUUGGGUCAAUGUCUUUGUUUGGCUCCAGACACUCUUGUAGGCACGAGACCAGUGCAGGUGCCAAAUUCUCAGUUAAUCGCAAAUUCCGAUUGCUUCAUCCCUUGCAGCUAACAACGCGCUCUUCGACGGACUACGAUGGCAUAGAUUACGAGGACGACGAGCUGGAGGAGGUCUUGGAGUAAUCGCGCCUCCGAAAAGAUGUCUAUGUAUAGUAUAUAUUUUAAAAUACAAUGAGGGGAUGAAGCACAAAAA